AAAAAAAAAUCAGGUAGCGGCGGGGUCACUUUACGAGCCCAUCUAACUCGCCAUAUCUCCCAGCUGCGUUUCACUGAUGGACAGCAGCCGGUGAAGACAUGAUUCAGGAGAUAAACAUCCCCGUCUGAUGUGGACUAGUCUGCCCUGAGAGUUACCGUGAAGUCGGCUGGAAAUGAACUCUGAAGGUACACGUCGGUCUCACAGCAUUCAUGAUAAGAGUCGGCGCUUGUCCUCCUCUCACAUCCACAUGAGAAGUUUGACCGGAGCUGGCUGAAGGGAGCUCUACCUGUCAUUUAUUCAUCCGUGUAACUCAAGCAACCGCACCACUGUUUCUCAGGACACUGGGGGUUGCAUGCAUCAGUGCCAAGAAAUUGCAUUACGUGGGAGACUUCUGCUAAGGAGAUACAGAGACAUUUCUGGAGGAUGGAGGUGGGAGCUGAGCAAGGACGUGCGCAGAGGAACGGGCGCAGUGACGCGGCGGCCACCGAACCUCGGUCCUCAUCCUGCACCAGCCUCAAGAUGUUUCUGGUGGCUCUGUCCUUUGCCUACUUUUCAAAGGCUCUGUCGGGGAGCUACAUGAAGAGCACAAUAACCCAGCUGGAGAGGCGCUUUGACAUCCCCAGUUACCUAAUAGGUGUCAUUGACGGGAGCUUCGAGAUAGGGAACCUGUUGGUGAUAGCUUUCGUCAGUUACUUUGGGGCCAAACUCCAUCGGCCAAAGAUCAUUGCAGUUGGUUGUGUUCUGAUGUCUAUUGGCACCUUCAUCAUCGCUCUGCCUCACUUCAUCAUCGGACGCUAUGAAUUUGAGACAUCAGUGCGGUGGGUGGUGAACUCAACACUUAACCCCUCUCCUUGUCCGGUGGGCUCACCAGCAGAGCUGACCCAAGAUGGUAAACUGCCUCAAGUGCCAGCAACAGGUUGUGAGGGAGACUCUAACCUGUCCAUGUGGAUCUAUGUGCUCCUGGGAAACGUCCUGCGGGGGAUCGGUGAGACGCCUGUCCAGCCACUCGGGAUCUCUUAUAUAGAUGAUUUUGCUACUGAGGAGAACGCUGCGCUAUAUGUUGGCCUUGUGCAGACCAUUUCAGUGGUUGGACCUGUGUUUGGCUACCUGCUCGGCUCCCUUUGUGCCAAAAUCUAUGUGGACAUUGGAUUUGUAAAAAUGGAAACUAUCACCAUAACCCCAGCAGAUGCACGCUGGGUGGGCGCCUGGUGGCUGGGCUACCUCAUAGCGGGGGUCAUCACCCUGAUCUCUGCCAUCCCGUUCUGGUUUCUGCCCCGCUCCCUGCCCAUAUCUGGACCCCAGGGCCCGGAAAAAUGCACACCAGAGCAGACAAGUUUCAUUAAAGAGCCUCCUCUUCUGAAGCACAAGUAUCCUGCAGACGAAAACACCACUUUCAUAGAAAUGGCCAAAGACUUUAUUCCAACCCUGCGGACUCUGCUGGGACACCCUGUGUAUCUGAUCUACCUGUGUGUGACAAUCAUUCAGCUGAACUCUCUCAUCGGCAUGGUCACCUACAAGCCCAAGUACAUCGAGCAGCAUUUCAGGCAGUCUGCCUCCAAGGCCAACUUUCUCAUGGGUGUGAUCAAUAUCCCAGCUGUGGCUCUGGGGAUGUUUUCUGGAGGUCUACUGAUGAAGAGGCUGAAGCUGAACAUCAUGGGAGCAGCCAGGUUUGCUUUCGGCACAUCUCUGAUCGGAUACAUCCUGUCACUCUUCUUCUUCGCGAUGAGCUGUGAGAAUGCCAAGGUAGCUGGGGUGACGCUUUCAUACAGCACGGACACAAUAUCUUAUGAUAAACACACAGUGUUUGCAGGCUGCAACUCAGACUGUUUCUGUUCAGCGAGUGACUGGGACCCAGUCUGUGGAGAGAAUGGCAUCACAUAUGUUUCUCCCUGUCUCGCUGGCUGCACCGGCUCUGCUGGCUCAGGGAAAAACACAGUCUUCUCUAACUGUAGCUGUGUUGGUGUGGCCGGUAACUUUACGGCCAGUACAGGUCAGUGCCACCACAAGGACGACUGUGACAGGAUGUUCCCGUACUUCCUGGCUCUCUCUGUCAUCACUUCCUUUAUCAUCUCCCUUGGGGGCACACCAGGCUACAUGUUUCUCAUCAGGUGCAUCAGACCGCAGCUGAAAUCUUUGGCCCUGGGUUUCCAUGCUCUGGCAACACGUACCCUUGCGGGGAUCCCAGCACCCAUCUAUUUUGGAGCCAUCAUUGACACCACAUGUCUAAAAUGGGGUCAAAAGAGGUGUGGAGGCAUAGGAGCCUGCAGAAUCUACAACACCACUGCAUACAGGAUAGCAUACCUGGGUCUGACUCUGAGCCUGCGGACUAUCUCCUUCAUUAUUUGCAUCCCGGGCUUCAUUCUGCUCAGCCGACAGCUGAAGAAGGAGGAAAGAAACGCCAUCCACGGAGCUCUAGCCAACGGGGGAACGGAGCUGGAGGCCCUCAGGAAGGAUGAGUUUGUGAUUUCCAAUUCUGAGCAAUCACAACAAACGCCAGACAACAGCACAGACAGAGAAACACGGCUGUGAGAUCCAGCAGAACUGGCCCCCCACUUGUCUCCUUCACACACACAGACAUACACAAACACACACACAAGCAUACACGUACAUAUUCACCCACAGUGAUACUGUACAGGUGCACACACAAAUAUUUGCAGGGAAUCACAUGUUGUAUCUGAUCUCCUAUAAAGCGUACAUUCUAUAUUUAUACUACUGGACCUGUGAAGGCUUUGGAAAUUUGAUAUAACUGAAAUAUUCUUGAAUGUACAUGCUGUUAUUUUUUCCUCAUAAAGUAAAGUAUGACAAUAUUU